AUGGCCAGCACGGCCCCGGAGGCCCACGAUCCGGAAGCUGAGGUGGUGGACUUCAACUCUGUGUUCUCCCUGCGCAAGCCCAAGGAUGCCAGAGCCGGCCUGUCCAGCGGCCUCAAGUCCGUGGCCAAGGGCGUACUGGCAGGCACGGUAGGCCUGGUGGCCGCGCCCACCAUCGGCGCGCAGCAGGACGGCCUGAUGGGCUUCGCCAAGGGCGCGGGCGCGGGGCUGAUGGGCGCCGUGGUGCUGCCCGUGGCGGGCCUGGUGGUGGGCACCACGCAGCUCGUCCGCGGCCUGGCCAACACGCCGGAGGCCAUCUCCGCCGCGCGCGCAGGCAAGGCCUGGGACGAGGAGCGGCGGACUUGGGUGGACGACCCCGGUUCGGCCCUCGCGCUGGAGGACGAGGGAGCCGCGCCCGCGCGCGCCGCGUGGCAGGCCGCUGCCAUGGCCGCCCGCGGCGAGGAUGACCUGUAUGCGCUGCUGGGGGUGCUGCCAGGGGCCAGCAUGGAGGAGAUCCGGAAGCAGUACUACGUCCUGGCACGCAGGAACCACCCCGACAAGAACCCCGGCGACCCAGAGGCCAACGACCGCUUCCAGCGCCUGGGCCAGGCCUACCAGGUGCUGGGCAACCCUGACCUGCGCGCUCGGUACGACGCGCAUGGCGCGGAGGGCCUGGACGUGAACUACGUGGACGGCGCGGCCUUCUUCACCGCCCUCUUCGGUUCCGACCGCUUCGAGCACCUGGUGGGCGAGCUGGGCGACGAGGCGGGGUUCCGGGAGUCCAUGGCCGCCGAGGCGGCGGGCCUGGCCACGGCCUCCUACGGCGACCUCAUGCUGGCCACCAUCGGUGGGGUGUACGCGCAGCAGGCCGAGAUCGCGCUGGGCGGGAUCAUCGACGGCUCCGUGGCCGCCCUGCGCGCCAAGGGCCAGAACAUCAAGAGCCAGUUCGCGGCGGCCAACCUGGCGAUGAAGCGCGCGCGCCUGGAGGAGGCCUCGCUGCCGCUGAUGCUGGAGGCCAUGUGGGCGGCCAACGUGCUGGACGUGCAGAGCACGCUGCGCCACGUCACGCGCGCCGUGCUGCAGGAGCCGGGCGUCGACCGCGCGACGCGCCGCCGGCGCGCGGAGGGCCUGCUGGAGCUGGGCCGUAUCUUCGUGGCCGCCGCGCCGGGGUCGACGGGAAGGGGCGGGGCCGCUGGGGAGGAUGCCAAGAAGCGCAUGGAGGACGCCAUGCUGCACGUCAUCGAGAAGCGGGCAGGGCAGGUGCCCAGCGAGCCCUGA